AUGUCAACGAGCACGGCGGACGUUCCUCCGAGUAUAACCUCUUUUGAAACGAUCGGGAUCAAGAAUAAACGUGUAAAUGAGGCUCCAGGAGUCAAGCUAUCACCAGACCACAAGCUUCUAGUGGGAAGCGUAUUAGAUCUAUUCGAAGGCAACCCAACUCUCAAGCACUUGUCGCUAUGGUCUCAAGAUGCUACCUUCGCCGACCCGAUCACGGUUGCAUCAGGAUACAAGAAAUUCGCGGCGCAAUGGUACGGGUUGCCUGCCUUGUUCAAUCCAAUCCAAAUACAGAGUCACCUUGUGACGUCGACCGGGAAUCCGAUCCAAAUGGAAUUGUCGAAUAAAUAUACACUUAAAGGGAUUGGAACAGCGCAGAUCAUCAACUCCGUCGUCCAUAUCGACGUUGGGCAGAACGGCAAAAUCGAAAGGGUCGAGGACCGAUGGAAUGACAGAUUACCCAAUGGUAUGAUUAGUGAUGCCUUCCGAAAGCUAAACGCGCAGACCGUUCCCAUGUUCGUAACAAUUCCGAAGGAUGAAGAGGAAGAUCUCAAACUAAAGAACUCACGAGAUGGUUCUUCUUAG